CCUGCAACAUUUCAGAAUAAAUACCAAAAACCAACUCACCACUUCGAACGUCUACUCUCUUUCUUUUACCUUCUCUCAUUCAUCAGGUUUUAAACUUCAUAGCCAAAUCAACAUGGUUGGAGGUGAAAGUGGCACAUCCAAACCUAAUGUGUCGCCAUAUGAGGAGGCAAUGAAGGCACCGUCUUCUCUGAGUACGAAACGUAGUCGGGCGGAUAACAGCAACAUGGGUGAUCGUUUUGAUUUACUGUUGGACUAUCUCAAGAUAUUGGAAUUGGAUGAGUCUAUUUCACAUAUGAAGAUUAUCCAUGUGGCAGGCACCAAAGGGAAGGCAAUUAUCUCUAGUAGACACUAGAGA